AUGGCCGCGUCUGGGGAACCCGGGAGGCAGUGGCAGGAGGAGGUGGCGGCGGCGGUGGUGGUGGUGGGCUCCUGCAUGACCGACCUGGUCAGUCUUACUUCUCGUUUGCCAAAAACCGGAGAAACCAUCCAUGGACAUAAGUUUUUUAUUGGCUUUGGAGGGAAAGGUGCCAACCAGUGUGUCCAAGCUGCUAGGCUUGGAGCAAAGACAUCCAUAGUAUGCAAGGUUGGCAAAGAUUCUUUUGGCAAUGAUUAUAUAGAAAACUUAAAACAGAAUGAUAUCUCUACAGAAUUUACAUGUCAGACUAAAGAUGCUGCUACAGGAACUGCUUCUAUAAUUGUCAAUAAAGAAGGCCAGAAUAUCAUUGUGAUAGUGGCUGGAGCAAAUUUACUUUUGAAUAUUGAAGACCUGAGGGAAGCAGCCAAUGCCAUUAGCAGAGCCAAAGUAAUGAUCUGCCAGCUAGAAGUAACUCCAGCAAUUUCUUUGGAAGCCCUAACAAUGGCCCGCAGCAGUGGAGUGAAAACAUUGUUCAACCCAGCACCUGCCACUGCUGACCUGGACCCCCGGUUCUACUCCCUCUCAGAUGUGUUCUGCUGCAAUGAAAGUGAGGCUGAGAUUCUAACCGGCCUCACGGUUCGCAGCCCGGCGGAUGCUGGGAAGGUUGCACAGGUGCUGGUGGAAAGGGGCUGCCAGGUCGUAAUCAUCACUUUAGGUGCUGAAGGAUGUGUGAUGCUGUCACAGUCAGAUCCUGUUCCAAAGUACAUUCCCACAGAGAAAGUCAAGGCUGUGGAUACCACGUGUGGACCUGGCCCAAGACCCAAGAGUGAAGCAGCAACUGUAAGAAAGCAGAACAUUAUAAAUAACCCAGAGAACCCUUUUAUAACAGCAACUGCCUGCUGAUUUUGUGGCCUAACAGCUUAAGCAAAAAGGAUAUAAAUACAAUAUUGUGCAAUGACUCAAACUUUUGUGCAUCAGCAGAAGUGGAACCUGUGGUUGGUGCUAAUAUUGUCAGAUGCCUUUGCUGUUUAAUAAUCUGAUAGUUCUAUAUUAUUUAGAACAAUGGUUUUAUUUCAAGUGCCUCUCGCUGAAAUAAAAUAAAAAAAAGCAGCUGUUAGAAGAUGAACAUUUGGCAGAAAAUAUUUUAGCAGAAUCAUUUGUGAGAUACUAAAUCAUAUUGGAUUAACUGUUUUCUGUCUAGAAUAGUGGAGUCACAGAGAAGAAAGAUCACUGACCACAGAAGACAAGGCCAGUCUUUUAAACCCAGUGAAUCACUAACAGACUUUUUAGUUUUAAGUGCCAUUUAUUCACCAAUAUAUAAAGUUAUUUAUAUACAAAGCUUCCAUUAAUAUUGCCUGAAGAAUAGGCCUUUUUUAUUCCAGUUUUAGCUCAUACUCAGGAUUCUUCUUCUCUUUCAUUAAUAAUGGAAUUCUUUAAAUUAUAGAAUAAAUUAACCCACCACAGACAUUUUGGCCAGAGUGGGGUUAGUAUCCAGUUCUGAGUCUCCAGAGGCCAUUCUCUGUGGCCAGCCA